AUGGGAAACUUUGUCAGCUAAAAAUUCUCACAUCACUACACCAAAAUCACUAGAUCUACUUCAUCGAGUGACAAACUUGCCUUUUACAGAUACAGAUAGAUCUCUAUGAUAAUGGAUCACAUGAAAUAAUCCUAAGCUAACGCAAAUUUAAGAUUGAUAUUAGGGGAUAGCCCAUUGGUUGAAUAGCUGCCAAUUUUCAGCUUAACCCAUUAGAUUGCCAAAAUGAUGCAAAAUAUUAAGAGACAACCAGUCCAUUAUUUACUCUGCCUUUAGAUACUUAAUAAAAGAAUAAGUGACCUCCUGUAUGAUCAUAAAUUUCAUGUACAGCAAGCCUAGACUACCCAACAUGAAGAGAUAAACUAUAUGGGAAGGAAUAUUUUAUGCUUCUGA